CGGGGAAGCGCUGGGCCGGGGGGCAGCGCCGAGUCCCGCCGCGCCCCGGCGAUGGGCCGCGCGUCUCGGGCUCCCCCCGGCGGCCGCAGGCCCGGAGCGGCGGGGCGGGGAGACGAAAGCGAAAGCGGGGAAGCGGCGGGGCGGGCUGGAGUUGUGCGGGGGCUGCGAGCCGGUUGCAGGCAGCUGCGGGGUCGUGCAUCCCGGGUGCGAGCCGCCCGCCCCGCCCGGCCGGACUGCCCCGGCCAUGCUGCCCCUGCCCUGGCCGCUGCUGCUGUGCGACCUGGCCCUGCUGGCCCUGCUGGGCUGGGGGGCGCCGGGCCUGGCCCCCCCGGGAAUGCCGGCUGCCUGGCUGGAGGCGGCGCUGCGCCUGCUGGGGCUGGGGGGGGCCUGGCGCCUGCUGGGCCCCGGGCCCCCCCGCCCGGCCCCCCUGGCCGCCCUGUGCCUGGGCCCCGUGCUCUAUGCCACGCUGCGGGGGUGCGUGGCCGGUGCCCCCCCUGCCUCGCUGGCCCGUGGCCCCUGGGGCUGGCUGCUGCUGGUCUAUGGGGCAGCCGGGCUGGCCCAGCUCACCUGGGGGGCGCUGGGGCGAGGGGCUGGGACACCCAGUGCAGAGGAGACCGAGCGGCGAUGGCAAUCCUGGGCCCUGCUGCGCCGGCUGAUGGGGCUGUCCCAGCCUGACCUGCCCUACCUGUCUGGAGCCUUCGUCUUCCUCACUGUGGCUGUCAUCGGUGAGACGUUCAUCCCCUACUACACUGGCCGCGUCAUCGACAUCCUGGGCAGCCGCUAUGAUUCUGAUGCCUUCACCACUGCCAUUGGCCUCAUGUGCUUGGUCUCCUUCGGCAGUUCCUUGGCUGCUGGCUGCCGCGGGGGUCUCUUCAUGUUUGUGCUCUCCCGGCUCAAUCUCCGCCUUCGCCGGCUACUCUUCUCCUCCCUGGUGCACCAGGACCUGGCCUUCUUCCAGCAGGUCAAGACAGGGGACCUGACAUCGCGCCUGUCCAAGGACACGACCUUGAUGAGUCGCUCAGUGCCAGCCAAUGCCAACAUCUUCCUGCGCAGCCUGGUGAAAGCACUGGGGCUUUAUGGCUUCAUGCUGGGCCUGUCGUGGCGCCUGACACUGCUCACGCUGCUGGAGUCACCCCUCACCAUGGCCUCCCGGAAGGUCUAUGAUGCCCGCUACCAGGCCGUGCUGCGGGCUAUUCAGGACUCCGUGGCCUACUCUGGGGAGGUGGCACGCGAGGCUGUGGCCUCCAUGGAGACCGUGUGCAGCUUCGGCACUGAGGAGGAGGAGGCGCAGCGCUACAAGGCAGCUCUAGCCCACACCCAGCGCCUCAAGGACCGCCGAGACCUGGAGCGGGCCCUCUACCUGCUCUUCCAACGGCUGCUGCAGCUGGCCAUGCAGGUGCUGAUGCUGUACUGCGGCCACCAGCAGAUCCAGGAUGGGCUCAUGACCAAGGGUGGCCUGGUCUCCUUCCUGCUGUACCAGGGUGAAGUGGGCAGAUACUUACAGACCCUGGUGUACAUGUAUGGUGACCUGCUGAGUAACGUGGGUGCGGCAGAAAAGGUGUUUGAGUAUCUGGACCGGGUGCCAGCCGUGAGCACUGAUGGAACCCGGGCGCCCGCCGUGCUGCAGGGCCAUGUCGCCUUCCGGGACGUCUCCUUCACCUACCCCUCACGCCCCGACCUCCUGGUCCUUCAGAGGGUAUCGUUUGAGCUGCAGCCUAGGGCAGUGACGGCGCUGGUGGGUUUAAACGGCAGUGGGAAGAGCACAUGUGUGGCACUACUGGAGCGGUUCUUCGAGCCCCAGGCCGGGGAGAUCCUGCUGGAUGGGGAGCCCCUGCACACCUAUGAGCAUUGCUACCUGCACCGACAGGUGGCACUGGUGGGGCAGGAGCCCAUGCUUUUCUCUGGCUCUGUGCGGGACAACAUCACCUAUGGGCUGGAGGGCUGCAGCAAGGAGCAGGUGAUGGCCGCAGCCCAAGCAGCCCAUGCUGCCGAGUUCAUCGCCACAUUGGACCAGGGCUUGGAGAUGGAGGUGGGGGAGAAGGGCGGGCAGCUGUCGGUGGGGCAGAAACAGCGAAUUGCCAUCGCCCGGGCCCUGAUCCGGCAGCCGAGGGUGCUGAUACUGGAUGAAGCCACUAGUGCCUUGGAUGUGGAGAGUGAGGCUGCAGUCCGUGCAGCACUGCUGAGUGGGGGGACCCACACAGUGCUGGUGAUUGCCCAUCACAUGGCGUCGGUAGAGGGAGCUGACCACAUCGUGGUGCUGGAGGGCGGCGCUGUGGCUGAGCAGGGGACGCACACGGAGCUCAUGGCACGCCGGGGCCCCUACUACAGCUUGGUGCAGAGGCAGCUUGCUGAGUAACCCACUACUUGGGGAAGGAACCCCUCUGCCUCCCAACAGGGUCUGUAGCCUGGUCGGGAGUGGGCAGCUGUCUCUGGGGAUGGGAAAGGUAGUAGAAGAGGUUGGGGAGAGCCAGAAACAAGGGCAGGACAUGGGGUGGGUUGUGCUCUACCCUGGUUACCUUACUGUGAGUCUCCAGUGUUACCUGCAUGUUGCGUGUUGGUUUGGGGGGGGGGGGUAUGUCUUGGAGCUGGGGUUGGGCUGUGCAAUGUAUUUUGUGAAAUAAAUGAAGAGCUGAAAUAAUG